AAACCGCGGAGGGCCACUGAGGAGGAAGACGAAGGGGGAGGCGACGCCGGCGACGACGAGGGAGACGAGUCGACGAGGCAGAGGAACCCGCGGCAGGCACGCUCGCGCGCGCGCGCGCGUAAGUACGCCUCCUUUCUUCUCCCCGCGCGGGAGCGAGCUCGCGGCCGCCGGUGGCCCGGUGGAGUGUGUGCGAGGAGUAGGGGGAGUGCCUCGAGGAGGCGGGAGCGGGAUGGCGGCGCCGGGGAAGGGAGGGGCGGCGCGGAUCGCUGCCGCCUUCAUCGUCCUACUGCAUCUCGUUGCGGCGAUCGCCGGGAAGAGCUACUACGACGUGCUGCAAGUGCCCAAGGGCGCGUCGGAGGAUCAGAUCAAGAGGUCGUACCGCAAGCUCGCGCUCAAGUACCACCCCGACAAGAACCCCAACAAUGAGGAGGCAACCAAGCGCUUCGCCGAGAUCAACAACGCGUACGAGGUGCUGACUGACCAGGAGAAGAGGAAGAUCUAUGACCGGUAUGGUGAGGAGGGAUUGAAGCAGUUCCAAGGCCGGGGAGGCGGCGGUGGUGGGAUGAAUAUUCAGGACAUCUUCAGCAGCUUUUUUGGUGGUGGUGGUGGGAUGGAAGAGGAGGAAGAACAGAUCUUAAAGGGUGACGAGGUGGUUGUUGAACUGGAUGCUUCACUAGAGGACUUGUACAUGGGCGGUUCUCUAAAGGUUUGGAGAGAGAAAAAUGUCAUAAAACCAGCAGCGGGAAAGAGGCAGUGCAAUUGUAGGAACGAAGUUUACCAUCGACAAAUUGGUCCUGGAAUGUAUCAACAGAUGACUGAGCAGGUCUGCGACCAAUGUCCAAAUGUGAAAUUUGUACGAGAAGGUGAAUUUUUAACUGUUGAUAUUGAGAAGGGAAUGCAAGAUGGACAGGAGGUUUUAUUUUUUGAGGAAGGUGAGCCUAAGAUUGAUGGCGAACCUGGUGAUUUGAAGUUUAGGAUCCGAACAGCACCACAUGGACGCUUCAGAAGAGAAGGCAAUGACCUGCAUGCAACAGCUACAAUCUCCCUGCUGCAAGCUCUGGUUGGUUUUGAGAAGACCAUCAAGCAUCUCGAUAACCAUCUGGUGGAAAUUGGCACCAAGAGUAUCACCAAGCCGAAGGAGAUAAGGAAAUUUAAAGGUGAAGGCAUGCCGCUGUACCAAAGCAACAAGAAAGGUGACCUGUAUGUCACAUUCGAGGUGUUGUUCCCGAAAACCCUAACCGAUGACCAGAAGGCCAAGCUGAAGGACAUUCUCGUGUAGACCAUUUUUCACCCUUAUGCUACAGAUAGUUUGAGGCGGGUGUCUCAAGGAAAUUUUCCAUGUAGCUUGCAUAGAAAGAAGCUGCUGCUGCAUGUUCUGGGUGUGAUUUUGCCUUGCUAAUAUUAGCAGCUCUGUUUUCAUUUUCUUUCCCUCUUUUUGCGAUGUCCUUAACAGCUCAGUGUAGUUGUAGAAAGCAACAAAAGUGUACCAGAAUGUUUGUACUUUUGGAAUUCAGAAUACAUCGAUUACAGAACUGUAGUAGCAAGUAAAAAAAAAAAAUCCAAAUCCCAA